AGUAUUCAGGACUUGAAUAUAUAAAUUAUGACAAAUGAUAAUUGUCUUGGUGUUUAGAAAAAGGCACAAGUAUUGGAGGGUUUGAUUUUAGUUAAAAUAAAUAAAAUUUUCUUUUGUGGUGAUUCACUGUAGUAUUCUUAUAAUUGAUAUAUUUAAGUCCAAAACCAUUUGGAGAAUGAGAAGGUGUAAUCAUUUAUUAGAAUAAGUUAGUAACUUGAUUUACUAAACCAUAUUAUGGAAAUCUAUCAUUUUUUGAUUUUUGAUUAAUAUUCACUUUAUUUUAUACUGUCUAAGUUACAAGAUUAAGAAUCAUUUAAGAUCUUGUAGACUUAUCGUUAG